AUGAAAGGGAGAAUUAUUGUUUUUUGUUCCCUUGUUUUGUUUUUCGCACAACCAAUACUGACAAUAGAAAAUAAUGAUGUAACACAAAAUAAUGACGAAGCGCAAAAUAAUGACACAGAUGAUGAUAAUGAUAAUAAUAAUAAUGGAAAUGACACUGAAAUAGAAACGUUAAAAGAAAAAUUACAAAACUUGCGUGCACAAAUUAAAUCCGACAAGUUCCCAAAGAACUACUCAGAAGAACAUAUUCUGCUUUUGAAGAAAAAAAUGGAAGAAUUGAAAAAUUUGAAAAAUGGAUACGUAGCAGGGGAAGUUCUUCAAAAGGGGAAGGACGAUGAAGGCAGCACUUCGGACGAUCCCAGUGAUGAGUCGGAACUUCACAAUAAGCAAUUCUUCGAGCAGGGCGUUAAGGGAAAUGACGACGAAGUAAGGGCAAGCGGGAAUGAUGCUUCUGUAGUGGGAGAAUCUGUUGGAAGUACAGGAAGUGGAGGACCUGGAGGAGCUGUCCCUAGUGCGGGAAUAUCGAGUGAAACGGGAUCAACUGGACAAGGUGUUAGUGGUGGACAGGCUGCUCAAUCAACACAAGUCCAACAAGACCAAGGAGCUGCAUCAACCGAGUCAGAUUCGCAAGUACAAGAAGCUUCACAAAGUCAACCUACCUUGAACCCGCCUUCUUCUCCUUCUGCCCCUCCCCAAGCUCCAGCUAACCCCGCAGUGCAAGUCAAACAUCUAGACACAUUGUACGAUGAACUGCUUGCGGGAGAGAAUAAAAAAAACAUUGUAGAUGAAGGAGAGAAUCAUAAAAAGUACAACGAUUUUAGAAAACAAUAUGAUAAGCUUGUUUUAAAUCAAGAUGAAUAUGAUAUAAGUCUAAAACUGUUGGGCAAUAUUUUAUCAAAAGGUGCUACGGAUCCAGAAAAAAAAGAAAAUUUUGUAAAAACAUUUAAGAAAGUAUUGCAUGACGAACAAUUUAGUCAUGAAUUUAAAAAUCUCAUAACCGGUGUUUAUAGUUUUGCCAAGAGACAUACUUACUUGAAUGGCAAAAGGACGAAGACGGACACAUACGAUAAGAUGAUCGAUUAUAUAAGCGAUUUAAUGAACAUGCUUUAG